CCGGGCUAACCUAGGCGUGUUUCAAGCGUGGCGUACGCGCGGGCCUAGUAGGUUACACGCCUCGCUGCCGCUAAGAUGGCAGUGCACUGCUGCGUCCCACUCUGCAAUCAACGUGGAGUUACUGACAGCGAUGGAAACAAGGUGUCCUUCCAUCGCUUUCCACGUGAUCCUGCAACCUACAAGAAGUGGAUUAUUGCCAUAAAGAGGGACGAAGGCACUCACUUUCAAGUUACCAAGUCAACGAAAGUCUGCUCCAAGCACUUUAAGGAAUGUGACUAUAUCCCUGGUGUAGCAAGUGCCUACAGGCUUCUGAGAGACACAGCAGUGCCAUCGGUAUUCAGUUUCGCUAAAGAGAUAAAAGUGCGAAAGCCUCCGAAACAACGUGCACAACAGAUGACGAACACAGCUGCAAAGAGACCACGUCAGGCACCGUCUUCACAGGGACCAGACAGCAGCAACGAGGAUACUGCGCUGGAAGAGGCAGCCGUGUGCAGCGACAGCAGAAUGGAGGCAGAACAAGCAUCAGUAGUGCCAAACAGUGAAAUUGUGGUCACUGGAGGGGAGGUUAAGCGUCUGUUGGGAAUCAUUUCAGAGCAAAGGGCUGAACUUUCAAAGCUAAGAGAUGAGUGUCCUUAUCUCAAGGAGCAGUUGGAGACUGCAAGAGCAACUAUUCGAAAACUCCAAGUAGAAAAUCAGAAUCUCAUCGAUGAGCUUGAAGCAGAAAGAGAGAGGACGUCUGCCUUUUGUAUUGACAGAUUCAAGGGAUUGAUGAACUUUCUCAAUCCAGGACACAAUGGAUGCAAUGUUUUGCGCACAGAGAAUGAUUCUAGAAGAUCGGCGAAAGGCCGAAGGAGAAAACUUUCCAUGGAGAAUGAACUCUUUUUAGUUUUGGUGAGAUUGCGCCAGGGUUUGCUAGAGGAAGAUUUGGCGCAUAGGUUCAAUAUUGCACAAUCAACGGUGUCUAGAAUCUUUACAUCUUGGAUUAAUUUCAUGCAUUCGAAAUUGGCCCGCAUGACUAUUUGGCCACCGAGAGAAGUCGUUGAUGCGACUAUGCCACCAGAGUUUGCAGAAAAGUACGGAACCACAAGAGUAAUCUUGGAUGCAACCGAAAUCAGAUGUGAAGUACCAUCUUCCUUGUCGCUGCAAUCGAGUACGUACUCCACAUAUAAGUCGUGCAAUACUUUGAAAGGACUUGUGGGUGUUUUACCAUGUGGCCUUGUAGCCUUUGUGUCAGACCUGUACACAGGAUCGAUAUCCGACAGGGAGUGUGUCAUUCAAAGUGAAUUCCUCAACUUGAAUUUUGAAGGUGGUGAUUCUGUGAUGGCAGACAAGGGAUUCCGUAUCGAGGAUCUUUUAGAAAAGAAGGGUGUGAAAUUAAACAUGCCGCCAUUUCUCCGAGGCAGUACAUUUACGAGCGACCAGGUGCAGGAAACGCGUGAGAUUGCUUCUCUGAGAAUUCAUGUGGAGCGAAGGAUCCAGAGAAUCAAGGCGUUUCACAUAUAUGAUCGACCGAUACCUCUCACACUGUACCCCAUAAUUAAUCAAAUCUGGAGUGUAACCACAAUACUUACAAAUUUUCAAACACCUUUGAUUCGCAAGAAUGUGCAGGGCCUUGGACCAUAGGAAUGGUUUGGUUUUCAGUGCACAGUUUUGCCUCUGCAACCAAGUGUAGACGUGUCAAACCCUUGAACAUUUAGUUGUUUUAAUGAAGUGCA